AUGAUUGAAGAUAAAGAUUAUAUAUAUGUUGGUGUUAAUACAAGUAAUUCAGGUGGAGUUGAUUGGAAAUCAAUAAGAAAUUUUCCUCCUAUGAGUAUUAAAUUUAAUUAUAAAACAUUUACAAUGUAUGCAACAUAUAUUAAUCAAACUAAUGGAAUAACUUCUUCACUUGGAAUAUUAAAUAGAACAUUAGGUGGAAUUAGUAAACUUGUUGGAAUUAUCUCUCAACAUCCUAAGAUUUAUGUUACUUCACUUUCAGCAUAUGAUGUCGCUCAAAAUAUAUACUAUGCAUCAAAGCAAUUAAGUUUUCCUUCUUAUCCAGGUGUGUCUUAUAUUAAUGUUAAUACAUCAGAGGAAAAAUCUAUUCUUCAUACAAAAACUAAAUAUAAUUCGUAUGCAUGGUUUGCCAAACAGUUCGUCCGCUAAACAAUAAUUCUUUUGAUCUGUCGUUCUAUUUUAUAUGAAUAGAAAAAUAUAUUAACUUUGAUUUUGUAACUUUAUUCGUAUAUCAUUUAAAUUUUUAGUUUAUUUAAUAACAAAUUAGAGUGUGGAUGUGGGUGUGGGCAUAAUGAGAGACACGUACCCACACCGGCACACAGACACCCACACCCAACACCGUCAAAAUAUGGCCCAUCAUUACAUAGUACUAUUUUGUAUUUUUGAAGUUUCAUUGGAAUGCUGGUAUUGUCUCAAAAUUUUUGGAGAGGAAGAAUCUUUACAUCAUGGAUUUCUUUCAAAGCAUUCACGAAAACACCUUGAUAGAAUGAAUUUUACACUUAAUAAGAAUAUCAAAUGAUUUCAAAUAGUUCAAUCAGAGAGAUACAGUAUUGAUAUGAUUGAAUAGAGCAUCAAUUAUUAGAUUGAACAACAUAACGUUCCAUAAGUAUGUGAGCCUCACACGAUAAAUUUUUUCCUUCAAUAAGAUUCAAAUCAUUGAAUAAUUUUGAAAUGUCGUCAUUAUCAAACAACGUAACUAUGCUAAUCUUUCUUAUCGAUAAAUUGAAAUAAACGAAUUUGAAAUCUAUAUAUUAUUUAUUAAGAAUAGAAACAAAAUAUAGUAACAAUGUUGUCAUAUGAAACUUUUAGAUUAAGUUUCAGUUAAUUUAUAGUCUUUCAUGAUUUCAGAAAUUGUUUUCUUUGCUUCUUUCUCAUUUAAAUCUUUAAUCGAUUUUUCAUAAUCCAAAUGAUUUGAUUUGUACUGAGCACCUUUCACCGCAGAAAGAGCAUAAUCAGGAUUGGGAUCACGUAUUAAAUUGAGUAUCUCUUGAAAUACAACCCGCAUUGUUGUCUGAGGAGUCCAUUUGCUUUGUAAAAUAUCAUGACAGAUGCGACCAUCAUCAUUGAUAUUACAAUGAUAAAUAGGCGUUAUGAAACGUAUAUUAGGUGGCUGAAAAGGAAAGUGAGAUGAAAAUUCUACUGACAACAACCAAUAAUACCCAGCAUAUGAUGUAUCGUCAGGU